CCGAAUAUGAAGUAGGGACUCCAGCAGGUGUCGGACCAUGUAACUUUCUGGUGAAAGGAGCCGUUAAACAUACUGGCAACAUAGUGUCUCCUACGUACCCAGGAGCCUAUCCGAAGAACCUGUCGUGUUCGUAUCAGUUCCUAGGCGCUCCCGGUGAGCGGAUAAGGCUGGAGUUUCGGGAUUUUGAUCUGUUUUACGGAGGCCAACACUGUCCAUUUGACUUCGUACGUAUUUACGACGGUCCUGAUAAUUCUUCAGCAAUUAUCGGUACUUACUGCGGCCAGCAACGCAACUUGGUCAUCUAUUCAUCGGAGUCGACGCUUUAUGUCACUUUUGUCACUUUAAGACGCACUGCCAAUACUCAAAAUAGGGGGUUUAGAGGGAUAUUUGAGUUUUCUAACUCGUUUACUAAAUUAGAUUUUAUAAGUAAGAACGACGGUGAACACAUUCGAGGAACUGAAUGCGACCAGCGAAUAUUUAGCAAAAAGGAAUCCGACGGCUUCGUUUAUAGUCCAAACUACCCGUUUCCAUAUAUGCCUAAGCUAGUAUGUAGAUACUUUAUCUACGGAAUGCAAAAUGCUCAAUAUUUAGAAAGAGUACGACUAAAUUUUACGAUGUUGGAUAUCCCGAAAGGCAGCAAAGGAGAUUGUUCUGAUGGUUAUCUGAAAAUAUACCUGAAAGGUCAAGAAACGAUGGAUGCCUACGAUAAAUUCGACCAGGAACUUUGCGGUGAUGAAGCUGAUCCGAAUAUCAUGGUAUCCGAUGGGCCACGAUUGCUGAUGGUGUUCAGUUCAGGCGAAAUAAUGGGACGAGGAUUUAAAGCAAAUUAUACCUUUGAAACUGAAUAUCGGAUCCCAGGUACGGCAGCUCCCGAUGGAACCUGUUCGUUCACAUACCGUAGUACGUCGAAGAAAAAAGGAGACUUUAACUCCCCACGAUACCCAACCAACUAUCCCAGUUCGACAAACUGCACGUAUCACUUCCUGGCCACGGAUAACGAGCAGGUUACCCUGGUCUUUGACAAUUUUAAGAUUAGAGCGGAUAAUAUAAAUAGUAGUGUUGGCUCCUAUGGAGCUGAAAUAUGUCAAGAAGACUGGCUAGAAAUAUACAACGUUUAUCGGGAUGGCAGUGAGAUAAUAAUUGGACGGUACUGCCACAUGUCUGCGCCAGGACCCAUCGAGUCCAAUCGAGGGGCAAUCGGCCUCAAAGCGAUUCUACAUUCAGACGAUGCUCAAGUGGCCAGCGGAUUUAAGGCCAGAUACAGCUUUGAACUAGCCAAAUCAAUUUUUGGAGACUGCGGAGCUAACGUUAGCAGCUCCGACAGUGGUCAAAUAUUGAGCCCGAACUUUCCAAAAAACUAUGAUGCGCCCAAACUAACUCAGUCUUCGAAGAGCUGCAACUGGUACAUCACUGUUAGGCCUCAAUAUCGAGUUUUGAUCAUUUUUGACAAGUUUGCCAUUGAAGGUGAACCCAGUGGACGUGGAUGUCCAGCGGCAGUUUUAAGAUUAUGGACCGACAUUGCAGCUCCCGGCAAAGAGCUUUGUGGAGAAAAGGCAACAACGGACAAAUGGGAAUAUAUUUCUGCCACAAACCAAAUGCGUUUGAGCUUUAUCACGGCCGAUAAAGCUGUAGGCUACGCUGGAUUUAGAGCCUACUGGACAGAGGUCUUAGCUGGUCCAUCUUGCGACGAGUUCCAAUGUGAACUAUCCCUUUUUUGCAUACCUUUCCAUCUGAAGUGUAAUAACAUUCCAAACUGUGGAACAGACGAUGAUUCAGACGAAAAAAACUGCCAUCCUGUAGAAGAACCCCAAACUCCCUUUCGGAUGUCCUGGGUGGUUAUUAUGGGCGCCAUUCUGUUAGCUCUAAUAUGCCUCUGUGUUAUCUACCAAAAAAAGCGAAGAAUACGCAGGGAAAGAGAAAGAGCGAUGCGUCGCAGCAUCCACAUACCAAUAGCCAUUCCAGGAACAUCCAGACAACAGGUGCCCCACUUUUGCGACGAACUCGGUGAACGUUUUGCCUCGGUCGACAGUGUCUGAUGACGGCUCUUGCCGUUGUCGGCGAAACGUUGGCUCUUCAAAUGCCUUUUGGAGGCUGCUAGGCCUUACUUCAACUUACAGAACACAGCCGAGUUGUUGGUCGAUCAAAUAUGAUUGAAUUACCCGAAUCACGUAAGGUCAUACGAUGAGUUUGGUUGGAGAGUAGGUGGGAGAAAAUAAUUUUGAGGAUAUUUCUCCUCUAUCGAUUUAUUGUACGGAAAUUUUGGAUAUUUCCGGAGAAAUUCAUUUGAAGUAUGUAUUGUUGGAUCAGUAGGAAACUCAUGAAGGGACGCAAAGUAAGCGAUUACUUACUUUCGCAGGAAUAUCAAACCGACAGAAUGGCUAGGAGGUACAAUUUAGGACUUUAUUUUUCACAAAAACUACCUGCAUUUUUCAAACGAUAACAUCUCCUGAUCGAGCGUAUAAAAAAAUGUUUUUUCUGUUAACGCAACGCCACAUUUUGAGUAAUCGAGAGUACCUAAUAAAUAUGUAGAUAUUUAAUAGUAGGACAAUCAAAAACACUCUGCCAUGUCUGUCGGUUAUCAGGUAAAACCAAAUCGUAACCUAAACAUAAGAUUUAUACUGACACCAUUUUAAAAUCUUUUAUAUUCACUAACCGUAAGUUAAUAAUAGAUUUGAAAUCCGUAUCUCUUAAGGCUACGUCUACAUGUUAGUGAUUGUGGGUGAAUAUUGGAACAGUGAAAAUAAUCCACAAGUGACUCGAAAUUGACUGUUUUGCCAAACAGUGAUGUUAACUUUACGAAUGUUUUUUAAAAAUCGAAGUAUAACAGAUAUAAUUUUUUACGUUCAGUCACUCGAAAUAUGCAAUAAUAAAUAGGUAGAAUUGCACUUAUUCGCACAAUAUAACAGCCCGAUAUCGAUAAUUGUUGUUAUUUGGUAUCAUAUGGGUCAUUUGGAUACAACCGUCCGAAGUGUGUUUAUUUUCUCUCGCUUAAAAUAACUUAAACUAUUGAAAAUAUGUCAUAAGAUCAUAGAAUGAGGCUGAUGGAAAGGAAGCAAGGAAAUGGGUGCUGCUUAGGAAUUAAAAACGAGGAAUAAUGUUCACUUUCAAUAACGAAGAAAAAUUUGAUCAAUACUAAAUUUGAAAUAGGAACAUAUAAAACAUUUUCCUUUUAAGAAUUGUUCGAAUUUUAUCAAACAAAAUCACAUGCAACGAUUAUCCAUUUACUUUCAAGCGCUUAUUAUUUUACUUCGUGAUUUCAAAUGCUUGUUUGUUAAAUGUAACUACAAUGUGGUGUCUUGAUCUGCGUGUUAGUUUGAGUUAAGUUCAUUUCGUAUUUUUAUCGUAGAUUCUCAAAUAAAAUAAUUUGUCAAAAUCUAUACUGAAUAAUAAGCAAUAAUGCAUAUUACAACACUUGCACAAAGAGCAUUCGUGCCUUAGCGAUCGACAAUGAUUCCUGUUUAAUUUAUUUCAUCCAGCACUACUACUUUUAUACGGGUUGUCUUCCCUUAUUUGCUCCCAUUUUAUCUUAAUUUAAAUGUGUGUUUUUUGUUUAGAUUUUUCUGCCUGGGAACGGUUCAGAUUAUUUUUCCGGCUGAAAACUGAAAAAUCCACAUUUCAUUAAAAGCUCUCAGGUUCCUUGAAAUCAAAAUAACAACAAAUUUAUAUAAAUGUGAACAGGAUUGAAAACAUCUUUAACACCUUUAAAAUCAUGACUGCCAAAACUUUCUUUAAUUAAAAUAACUGAAAUAAAGUGUUUCCGCAAAUCAGAAACAUCUUUGUUGGGCAUGUUAAAUAAAAAUAAGACCAUCCAAUGAUGACCCAUAUGACCAAGUAAAAUAAAGGGUGCUUAAUAAUAUAAUAUUUUAUUUUGACAACGAAUGGAUAAAUCUUCCUCAGUGCGCGUAAGUUAAAAAAAGACAUUCAAAAUAUUAUACGGAAACAAAUUCUACUGCCGUGUUGAAAAACUUUGCUUAACGUAGUGAAACGUGUACUAAAAAACGGAGAACUCUUUCCGAUGUGUUGUUAUUUAUACUAAUAUUAAUGAAAUUAUUACAAAAUGACUGAAACUAAAUAUUUUUUGUUAGAGUAACUAUUGUUUUAUACAUAUUACAUAAACGGUAUCAAUUUGAUUGAUUAUUGGGGUACAACUGAAUUUAGCACAAUUACAUUAUUUCCAAGUUAUACUCCAAGGAGUACUUAUGGAAAGAAUAUUAAUGGAAACCCAACAAUAUACUUCUAUGAAAAAUCCAAAUUUAGUCAAAUCGGUAUCGUUAUCUCGUCCUUCGGACUAUUAGCUAUGUGUUUUGUCUGUAGUGAAAUUAUAAUCAUUUAUUCACAUAUUCGUGAUGUACAAAGCAUGAAGGUGUUUUCAUCCCGUUCAGUUUGUACUUGUUGAUUUGUAUUUCAAACUCAAGGCGCCAAACACCAAAAAUAACUAUAGCCCUGUGACAUAUAUUUGAUAACUCUAGUUAUAACCAUCAUUGUAACAUGUACAUUAUUUACUAUCAUAUAGUAUACCUUGGUCCGUAAAGCUUUUAAAUUUUAUUGUAUGAAAACAGUGAAAAAGUAACUGAGAAAGCAACAAAUGUUAAGUUUUUUCGCCGGAAGAUCCCAACACAUUUAUUUGACUAUAUAAACCUUCAUGCCGUUCUCCUAAUUUGUUGAUACUGGCUAACUAUUGACAAUUGCGUUACAUAAGUAUAUAUUAAUAAAUCUAUAUGUAACAGUGUCUGUGCUAAAACAGUAGAAAAAACACAGCGGAUAUGCAGAAAUUAGUCGCAUACAGCGUGGUUAUUACUGAAAAUUUGUUAUUUGGUUUUUUAAAAUUGUCUCUAUUAAAAAAAGCUUCACAUCUACAUGCUUGAACAAUACUGCUUUAGCUGUCGGAAAAGGCAUUUUCCAGUUUUGCUAUUGAUUGCCUGUGAAGAUGUGGCGUUUUUCUAUUAUUGCCUGCGUUAAAACUUCGCAAGAACGAUUACAUUUGAAAAAUGCAUUUUGCAGAAAAAAUUGAACAAUUUUUAAUGGUAAAAAUUAAACAGUGCAUUGUACUCGAUAAAAUAAUAAGGAACAUUCAUAUAAACUUGUGUCUUUGCAGACUUUCUGCCCUUCUCUUCACUCGGAGAAUACAGACAUUUAGUUUUCUUUAUAUUCUAAAACCCUUUACAUAAAUAUUUUGGUAUUAAUACAUAAAAUGUUUUUGCAAUUUUGCAAUAUUUCUGACUAUUGGUCGUGGCUUAUCCAGUCUUGUUGUUGAUAAUUUUGCAUAUUUGUUUCUUACCAUGGGACAUUAUUUUCCUCAGUACUUUCAUCUUCAUAUUCUCCCCUAUUACCUUCGUAUGUUGAGUACUAAUAUCUCGAUAAUGGUCUUAGUAAGAGUGAUAUUUUAUUAAGAGCGUUUUAUUAUGAUAAAGCAAAACACUACCUCAAAAACACCAAUUUUGUUGACUUCAAAUAUAAUUUUUACAAUGUUCAAUCAUUAUCAUUCAAUUUUCCUUGAUAUUUAGUAAGAAAGUAUUAUUUAAUCCAUUAUUUGAUUUAAAAAUGUAUAAAUCGUGUUAAAACACAUGGUGAUUUUGUGUUACUAACUGCAAUAAUUUCAAGCAAAUGAAAGAAAUACUGGUACAAGCAUGUUAAAAAGAUGAUAGCAAAAGUAUAUUAAAUAGACAUUUUUAGGUUGAAAAUAUGUAUACAGAAUUAACGCUGUAACGUAAAAAAUCAAUCGGAAAGAAGUGAACGGAAUGAAACCGUUUCAUUAAAAAGCUAAUAAAUAUUUACCAACUAAUCCAAAAUUCAAUAAGGGGUGAAAACGGAAAAUAUACGUUUCUGAACUUAUAUAAUUUUUUUAUACAAUUUGCAUAUAACGUUUCUUAUUAUUUUUUUAGUACGAUGCACUAUUAUUAAUUAAUUAUAUUUUACAACUCAACCUGGGUAAUAACCAUCUAACCGACACCUUUUUCUUAUUCGAAAUGAAAUAACGCAAAUCUUUAUCUCAUUUUCUGUGACUUGCAUUUUAAAUGUUCACCGUUCAAUUAUUUCAUUAAAUAUGGCCUUUAUUAAAAGUCCACACUUUAAUUUAGUAUAAAAGGGACUAUGCCUACGAAUUAUAGUUUGCAAAGACAAAACACCAAGUAAAUAGAUUUAAUAUUUUAAAAAAUUUACAAUAUGAAAAAUGUAAGUCUUCCCGACGAUUGUUGUGUUUAUUCUUUAGGUACUAACAUUUUAGUUAACGUAGCAUAAUAUGUAACUAAUCGUGGUUUUGUUAAAUUUGUGAAAAGAACUUCUAGUCCUGACCUGAGUUGGCGAGAAACUUCAAUAUCGCCGUGUUUGAUUAAUUCGCUUUUGGAUUUAACUAAUUUUAUUAACUGAUUGUGUCGCUGGCAAUUAAAAUUGAUGUUGGAAAGUUCUUGCCAAUUCAAUUGAACUAUUUUGAACACUGUGCCAUGAUUUUAGUUAAACUUUUCAAUAACACUAAAUAAAACAGGGUACUUAUAUAAAAGAAAAAAACAAAUGAAUAAUCAUAUACAGUAAUCAGUGUGUCAAAUGUUCCCAAAGUUUCCCAAAUUCAAAAGAUGAUUAACGGCUAAAACUAGCAAUGGUUUGAAUAUACUCUAUGCUGUAUUUGAUAUUUGAGUUUAGAUGCGCUUUGUUUCAUUUUGGACCUAAUAUUUUAUGUAUUCUGUAAACGGGUAAGUCUGAAAAAAUAUCCGCGUACUUCAACUCACACGUACGACAGUUUGAUUCAAUUAAAUGUUAAGGGAAAAGUUUGUUGCGUUAAUCUUGUCGGUUUGAUCGUAUUCGAUUGAUGUAAAACCGAUAAGAGAAAUGUAAUUCAAACAUAUAUCAAGAGAUGAGUCUUCCAACAUCAAAGCGUGUCUUCCUUUAGCGACAGUUAUGCACAAAUAUACAUUGAGUCUUUGUAACCUGCUUGAUAGAACUACUUACUAGAUCACAAAGUAUUCAGGUAAAUAAAUAAUUUUUCGGACUUACCACCGGCAAUAAUAAUAAUUCCAUUAAAUCGUAGCGAAAUUGCACCCUAUAAAUUAAUGGCUAACGCCCCACAUUGUUAUUUAGAUUAACAUUUAUAGAAUUGUUUUUAAGAACCUAUUAUUCCAACGUUAUGGUGAUUUAGGUAUUAAAUUUAUAAAGUGUAUUUGUAAGUAUUGCCAUUAUGUGAGAAAUAAUUGUAUGAUUGUGGUCAUUUCUCCCGCCCAUAGUCAAUUAUCAAAUUAUUGUCUAUUUUAUUUAUAUGUUUGCUGAAUCAUUAUUUUGUAGAUACGCAUUUAAACGGAUUUCCUAACAUUUACCUAGCAGGGGCUUUGACCUAAAAUAUUUGUAAUAGAAAUCAAAUUGUUGUCGUUAACUCAGCCCCCAAAAUGAUACAAACAUAGGAAAAUUUGUUAAUCAUCCCAAACAGUGGGACUCCAUAAACAGUGAAUAAUUUGAUAAUUGACAGCAGAACAACUAAUUUAUUCCUUAGCACGACAGACCGGCUUUCAGAACACCCUGUACAAUCGCGAUUUUUUUAACUCAUAAUUGUUAAGAAAUGUCGAAAUAACGUAGUAGCCCUUUUUUGGGCGAACAUAAACUGCUAAACCACUAGAAUGUCCUUACUCGUAUUCAGUUUUGUUUGCAUAUUUGGAUUUGCCGUCUCAAUUUCGUUAAAAUAAACAAUUUCAAAACAAAUAAAUAAUACAAAUGAAGAUGAAAUUGAACUAGAGCCGCACUCUUCAAUAGUCUUCCAAACAAUUAAGCACC